AUGGAUGUCGUUGCUGUGACGGGAUCCAGUGGCUUGGUAGGCCGAUACGUCGUCGAGCGUUUAAUGAAAUGCGGCCGAUACAAGGAGAUUCGUCUGAUUGACAGAAUUCCACGUACAUGUUCAGAUAUUGAUGGUGUGGUUCUACGGCAUUACCCUGUUGACCUUAACGACGAAGGUGCCCUGGAACGGGCUUUGCAAGGAUGUAAAGCUGUCAUUCAUUGUGCUCAUGCUCAGCUACAAUGGACAUACAUGGACAAGGCGACUAGCGAGGCUAUGUGGAAAGAUAAUCUUUCCGCAACGGAGGUAUUGGUCGAUACGAUGCUUCGAAUGAGUGUGAACCAUCUCGUCCAUGUUGGAGAUGCCUACUCUGCCCUACCGAUUGAGGACAAUUACGGUCUCGGAGAAAUGGUGUUCAAAGAUUAUCCGGCAAAUUACAUCCUUGGAGAAUAUGGAGAGUCACGAACGAGAGCGGAAAUGUAUGCGAGGAAUGCCGUUGCCAAAGGCUCAUCACUGAAGGGAGUAUUUCUACGUCCAGUGCAUGUCCAUGCUGAAGAACCAUCAUCUUCAUGGCGUACUUUGAUGCAAAUGGCCGAAAAUGGAAACGUACCCUAUCUGAAUGGCGGACGUCGAGGAUUACACCAAUUUAUUUAUGCUGGUAACCUGGCUGCAAUCGUCGAUCGCUGUCUCAGUAUGCUAUCAGACAAUCCUGAUCGACUCAAUACUGAGAUCGUAUAUUGCCUCGAUGACACGUACGCAACACCUAUGGCAGAGGUCUCACGGGAAACACUUUCGUAUCCGAUGUUCCGUUUUCUUUUUGCAAAAACGAUAGGAUUCAGCGAUAGAAAGCAGCGCCUAUUACUCGACCAUCGACCAGAGGUACGUUUGGCAAAUAUGCUUCAGAGAAAGUGUUCUGGACGGUAA